UGAGAACAUGUGAGUUGUUUUUGCCGCAGUAUUAUUCUGAGGAAACUGCACUUCAGUGACAGAGGGGGAUCAUGAUACUGUCAGGUCAGCAUCGGCCAUUGAGUGCAAUCCGAAAGCGGGCCGGGGCGUGUGAUAACCUGAUGGGCUCGAGCCCGCAUCUGAUUCGUAAUGACACUGGAUGCUCGGCAUUCCUCAGCAACGCUGGGGCAUUUAUAGAUCUCCGAAGCUAGAUAAAUACUAGACGGAGAAGGUGCGUCAAGUCUGUAUCAACUCCGACAACGACGACACAGGCGACAUGAAGUCUAUUACUACUGUGCUUUGCGCGGUCUUUGCGUUCAACUUCAUCACAGAAGUCCUUGGAUCCCAGAACUCCAAAUAUCACCUCAAUUCAUUCCACAUCGAUCUCGGUGCUGGAAUUCCACAUCUCCAAACCCUGCUCAACGUGACGAAGCUGCCCCAAGCACCGUUAUAUCCCGGGACUAGCCCUACUUACGGUGUCGAUCUGAAUGACCUCAAAGCUUGGAAGGCAGAGUGGGCGCAUGGGUACAACUGGACGGCACAAGAGGUCUUGCUCAACAGAUUUGAUCACUUUACGGCGCAGAUCGAGGGUCUCUCCAUCCAUUUUGUCCACCAGAAGUCCCACGUGAAGGGUGCCGUCCCCGUGUUGCUUCUCCAUGGCUGGCCAGGAUCCUUCUAUGAGUUUGACCCCGUCAUCGAGUCUCUCACGGAAGCAUUCACGGACUCCAAUGGAUCCACAGUCGCGUUCGACGUUAUUGUUCCCUCCCUGCCCGGAUUUGUUUUCUCAUCUGCACCGCCCUUCAAUUGGACCGUGGAUGACACCGCGCGGGUCUUCAAUACGCUCAUGGUUGAGGUACUGGGGUAUCCUACUUACACCAUUCACGGGACUGAUUGGGGCAGUGGUGUGGCGUACUCGCUUUACAGCAACUUCAACCAAACCGUGUCCGCGGCGAGCUUCGUCUUCCUGCCAUUCGCCUCGCCCACCUUCGCCGAAAUCGCCGCGGCGAACGUAACACUCACGGCGACUGAGCAAGUCACAGAGGCCCGUGGCACCAAAUGGUCGACUAUCGGCAACGGUUAUUUCCUGGAGCAAACCUUCAAGCCCCAUGAUAUUGGAUUGGCCUUGUACGAUAACCCUGUGGGACAACUGGCCUGGAUCGGGGAGAAGGUCAAACUCUGGUCUGAUCCCCAUGCCGGUCACUCCCCUUCAGUCUUGAACUCGACUGCCAUCCUCAACCUCGUCUCUCUGUACUACCUCACGGGGACUUUUGAGUCUUCCGUCUGGAUAUAUGCGCAGAAUCCCAACGGAUUCCGAACGACGUACACGAAAGCGCCCACGGAAGCUCCGCUGUUCUUCACGCAGUACGAAUACAAUGUCGGACUGUGGCCUGAGCAGUGGGUCGCGCGGGUAGGCAACCUUGUUUCCUAUAAAGUUGCUGAUUUCGGCGGGCAUUUUGCGGGGUUGGAUAAUCCGCCGCAGUUUUUGGCGGAUAUUCGGGAGAUGGGGCUCUUCCUCAAGCGAUAAUUGAAGAACCAGGAACUCAGACGAUGUUUCGAUAUCUCGGAACACCUGCAAAAUGACUCCCAGGACUUAGCCAAAUCUAGAGUAAAUGAAAUAGACAGGUGGGGGCUCUGGGCUUUAAACCAAUCCAACCCUCCUGUGAAAAAUUUGAGUGCAGAGGAAUUAUUCUGGAUCCCACCUAUCGAAUCAGACUCUAGCGCUGAGUAGCAAAAAAUCAGUAAAGGUACGGUGCCAUGUCAGUCAAUAUCCUCCAUCACCAUCCUGCUCGAAAGUCUUUGCUUUUCUGAAAUGCGAAGGAAU